UCGGCCUCUCACUGGCGCAGCCUCCUCCGUUGUCGCCGCGUCCCGCCCCUCCCAGGCGUCGUCGCAGGCACUGUCGUGGACGAAACGCGGCCCGGGCAUGGGGGACGCGAGCGCCGCGCGUGUCGCGGCUGCGCGGCGGGUGACAGGGCUUUGCUAUAAAAUGGGAAUCCUGAUUGCCCUCACUGGGUUGUGGCUGCUCUCCUCAGUAAAAGCAGAUUCAAAAGCCAUUACAACCUCUCUCACAACGAAGUGGUUCUCUUCACCACUCUUGUUAGAAGCCAGUGAGUUUUUAGCAGAAGACAGUCAAGAGAAAUUUUGGAAUUUUGUAGAAGCCAGUCAAAAUAUUGGAUCAUCAGAUCAUCACGGUACUGAUUAUUCCUAUUAUCAUGCCAUAUUGGAAGCCGCAUUUCAGUUUCUGUCACCUCUACAGCAGAAGUUGUUGAAAUUUUGUCUGUCUCUUCGUUCCUACUCUGCUACAAUUCAAGCCUUCCAGCAGAUAGCUGCUGAUGAACCUCCACCAGAAGGAUGCAAUUCAUUUUUUUCAGUUCAUGGAAAGAAGACUUGUGAUUUUGAUAAUCUAGAAACUCUUCUUCUAACAGCAUCUGAAAGACCCAAACCUUUACUCUUCAAAGGAGAUCACAGAUACCCCUCAUCUAAUCUUGAGAGCCCUAUAGUGAUUUUCUACUCUGAGAUUGGCCAUGGAGAAUUUUCUAAUUACCAUCAACAACUUAUAUCAAAAAGCAAUGAAGGCAAAAUUAAUUAUGUCUUCAGACAUUAUAUAUCUAAUCCCAAGAAGGAACCAGUUUACCUCUCUGGCUAUGGUGUGGAACUGGCCAUUAAGAGCACCGAAUACAAGGCCAAGGAUGAUACUCAGGUGAAAGGUGAGAAAUUUUCAACAAACUUGCUAGGUCUAAAUUUACUCUUUGUAAAAUUCAGGGACCUGCAUCCUAGCUUGAACGAACAGUUGAAAGAACUUAGAAAGCAUCUUGUGGAAAGCACCAACGAAAUGGCACCUUUGAAAGUUUGGCAAUUGCAAGAUCUCAGUUUCCAGACUGCUGCCCGAAUCUUGGCUGCUCCUGUGGAGUUAGCAUUAGUGGUUAUGAAGGAUCUUAGUCAGAACUUUCCUACCAAAGCCAGGUAAUAAACAUUAAGGCUUUGAAAUUAUUUCAAGGGAACUUUAGGAUUACAGCCCGGAGAUUCAGCUCUUUUUAUCAAUGGACUUCAUAUUGAUUUAGAUACCCAGGAUAUAUUCAGUCUGUUUGAUGUAUUGAGGAAUGAAGCCCGGGUAAUGGAGGGUCUGCACAGACUAGGCAUAGAAGGCCUUUCUCUGCAUAAUAUUUUGAAGCUGAACAUCCAGCCUUCUGAGGCAGAUUAUGCAGUAGACAUCAGGAGUCCUGCUGUAUUGUGGGUCAACAACUUGGAGACUGAUAGCAGAUAUAAUGCAUGGCCUUCUAGUCUACAAGAAUUGCUUCGACCCACCUUUCCUGGUGUUAUCCGGCAGAUCCGAAAAAACUUGCACAACAUGGUUUUCAUAGUUGAUCCUGCACAUGAGAGCACAUCUGAGUUGAUGAACACAGCUGAGAUGUUCCUUAGUAAUCACAUCCCACUAAGAAUUGGUUUUAUCUUUGUGGUUGAUGACUCUGAAGAUGUUGAUGGGAUGCAAGAUGCUGGAGUGGCUGUUCUUAGAGCGUAUAAUUACAUUGUCCAAGAAAAGGAUUGCUAUCAUGCUUUCCAGACUCUAGCACAUAUCUAUAAUAAAGUGAGAACUGGAGAAAAAGUAAAGGUUGAACAUGUGGUCAGUGUCCUGGAGAAGAAAUAUCCAUAUGUAGAAGUUAACAGCAUUUUGGGAAUUGAUUCUGCUUAUGAUCAGAAUCGGAAGGAAGCAAAAGGCUACUAUGAGCAGACUGGUGUCGGUCCACUGCCUGUGGUUCUCUUCAAUGGAAUGCCCUUUGAAAAGGAACAGCUAGAUCCUGAUGAAUUGGAAACGAUUACAAUGCACAAAAUUUUGGAAACUACUACUUUCUUCCAAAGAGCAGUAUACUUGGGUGAACUUUCUCAUGAUCAAGAUGUGGUAGAAUAUAUCAUGAAUCAGCCGAAUGUUGUCCCACGAAUCAAUUCUAGGAUUUUGACAGCUGAGAGAGAGUACCUGGAUUUAACAGCAAGUAGAAUGUCCUCCAAGGAAAUCUAUGAUGAUUCUUUUGUUAGGCCAGUAACUUUUUGGAUUGUUGGUGAUUUUGAUAGCCCUUCUGGACGGCAGUUACUCUAUGAUGCUAUUAAACAUCAAAAAUCCAGUAACAAUGUUAGGAUAAGCGUGAUCAAUAAUCCAAGCCAAGAGAUUAGAAAUGAGAACACUAGAAUCUUCAGAGCAAUCUGGGCAGCUCUCCAAACACAAACUUCCAACUCAGCAAAGAACUUCAUCACCAAAAUGGCCAAAGAGGAGACUGCAGAGGCCCUGGCUGCUGGAGCCGACAUUGAGGAGUUCUCUGUGGGGGGCAUGGAUUUCAGUGUUUUUAAAGAGGUCUUUGAGUCUUCCAGUAUGGAUUUCAUUUUGUCUCAUGCCGUGUACUGCAGGGAUGUUCUGAAGCUGACGAAGGGGCAGAGGGCAGUGAUCAGCAAUGGAAGGAUCAUUGGGCCACUGGAGGAAAGUGAGCUCUUUAAUCAAGACGAUUUCCACCUUCUAGAAAGUAUCAUCUUGAAAACUUCAGGACAAAAAAUAAAAUCUCAUAUUCAACAACUUCGGGUAGAAGAAGAUGUGGCAAGUGACUUGGUAAUGAAGGUGGAUGCUCUCCUGUCAGCUCAACCCAAAGGAGAUGCAAGAAUUGAAUACCAGUUUUUUGAAGACAGCUACAGCGCAAUUAAGCUGAGACCCAAGGAAGGAGAAACAUACUUUGAUGUUGUGGCUGUCAUUGACCCUGUCACCAGAGAAGCACAGAGACUUGCCCCGUUGCUCUUGGUUUUGACUCAGCUGAUAAACAUGAAUCUAAGAGUAUUUAUGAACUGCCAAUCUAAACUUUCGGACAUGCCUUUAAAAAGCUUUUACCGUUAUGUCUUAGAACCAGAGAUUUCUUUCACCUCAGACAAUAAGAUUGCUAAGGGUCCAAUAGCAAAAUUUUUGGAUAUGCCACAAUCUCCAUUGUUCACUCUGAAUUUGAACACACCUGAAAGUUGGAUGGUAGAAUCUGUCAGAACACCGUAUGAUCUUGAUAAUAUUUAUUUAGAAGAGGUGGACAACAUAGUAGCUGCUGAGUAUGAGCUCGAGUACUUAUUAUUGGAAGGUCAUUGCUAUGACAUCACCACAGGCCAACCCCCACGUGGACUGCAGUUUACAUUAGGGACGUCAGCCAACCCUGUCAUUGUGGACACAAUUGUCAUGGCCAACCUGGGCUACUUUCAGCUAAAAGCCAACCCAGGAGCUUGGAUCCUCAGACUAAGGAAAGGACGCUCAGAAGAUAUUUAUAGAAUCUACAGCCAUGAUGGUACAGACUCUCCACCUGAUGCCGAUGAGGUUGUUGUCAUACUCAAUAACUUUAAAAGCAAAAUUAUCAAAGUGAAGGUACAGAAGAAGGCAGACAUGGCAAAUGAAGACUUGCUGAGUGAUGGGACAAAUGAGAAUGAAUCUGGAUUUUGGGACUCUUUCAAAUGGGGAUUUUCAGGAGGACAGAAGACUGAGGAGGCAAAACAAGACAAAGAUGAUAUAAUUAAUAUUUUCUCUGUUGCAUCUGGUCAUCUCUACGAAAGAUUUCUUCGCAUAAUGAUGCUAUCAGUACUGAAGAAUACCAAAACUCCUGUGAAAUUCUGGUUCCUGAAGAAUUACUUGUCCCCCACAUUUAAGGAGUUUAUACCCUACAUGGCAAGUGAAUACAACUUCCAGUAUGAGCUUGUUCAGUACAAAUGGCCCCGGUGGCUCCAUCAGCAGACAGAAAAGCAGCGCAUCAUCUGGGGCUACAAGAUUCUCUUCUUAGACGUGCUCUUCCCACUCAUUGUGGACAAGUUUCUGUUUGUGGAUGCUGACCAGAUUGUGCGAACAGAUCUGAAAGAGUUAAGAGAUUUCAGUCUGGAUGGUGCCCCUUAUGGUUAUACUCCUUUUUGUGACAGCAGAAAAGAAAUGGAUGGCUACCGCUUCUGGAAGUCUGGUUACUGGGCCAGCCAUUUAGCUGGACGCAAGUAUCAUAUCAGUGCACUAUAUGUUGUGGAUCUGAAGAAGUUUAGGAAAAUAGCUGCUGGUGACAGACUCAGGGGACAGUACCAAGGUCUGAGUCAGGAUCCCAAUAGCCUUUCAAAUCUUGAUCAGGAUUUGCCCAACAACAUGAUCCAUCAGGUGCCAAUCAAAUCUCUCCCUCAAGAAUGGCUUUGGUGUGAAACCUGGUGUGAUGAUGCUUCUAAGAAGAGGGCAAAAACCAUUGACUUGUGUAAUAAUCCAAUGACCAAAGAACCCAAGUUGGAAGCUGCAGUGCGAAUUGUCCCAGAGUGGCAGGACUAUGAUCAAGAGAUCAAACAACUACAGAUUCGCUUUCAGAAGGAAAAAGAAACAGGCACACUCUAUAAGGAAAAGACAAAAGAGCCAAGCCAAAAAGGAUCUCAGAAACGUGAAGAAUUAUGAGCCCUGGAAGGAGACAGGAAAUGACACCAUUUGAAAAACAGUUUUUGUACUAAAUGCUAGGUUUUUUGUUUUUGUUUUUUCUGAUCUGUCUAUACAACUGCUGAUGAACUGACUGAGCAGGUGUGCCACACCUCUUGAUUCUGAGCAUUGAUUUUGACUUCUAUACGCCUUAGGCGCUGGAUCUUUGGGGUUAAGGCUCUGCUAGAUUUGUACCUCAGAAGAAGUGGCUGAUAUUUUGGGACUCUGUAAAGAGCGAGGAAAAAGAAAAAGAGCAAUCUUGUUGCCAUAUGGAGAAAUGACAGCAGCAACUAGAAGAAGCAGAGUCCUUUGUGCCCACACACAAGAGCACACACAUGCUGUGCCGUCCUGGAAGCAGGCUGGGAGCCACCACAUGCUUCCUUACCUCAGUUUACUGCACUAGGUCUGGGUCAGGCUAGCAGAAGCUUCAUCCAUACUCCGUGCCUGGAGGUAUAUGCCAACAUGCUUCUCAUGUCCUCUACCCACUCUCUUCCCAGGCCUUAGGUUUGAUUUUGAUUGAACCCCAGUUAGUAGUCAUGUGUCUUCAGGGUUGACUUGGUACAAUGGCUCAGCAAAUUAAUUUGGGGGGCGGGGGUUGGGAAAGGUAGGGAAAAUAGCAGGCCUAGAAAGGGCUCUGAGGUGUGCUGGGGAGGAAAACUACAAAGUGGUCGUUCUGCUUUAUGAACCACCAGUAGUACCGUUGUGGCUAAUUUGAAAGGAAAACAUAUUCCUAUUCCCUACCUAGUCCCAGGGAACUUUCUAGGUAAUUAUUUUGUAAACAAUUUUUGUAUUUAUGAAAGUCUUUACUUUUUCUUCUCACUUUCUAAAAAGAAAAAAAAAUCUUAGCAAUUUUCCAACUGGGCACAGCCAUAAUAAGCUCCUCUGGUGAUCGAGCUACGAAGGCUCAGGCUUCAGGCUCCUUGGUUGCUUGUUACAUCACUUCCCCUUUUCUUUUUCAGGGCUUUUUUCUCAGACACAGGAAAAUUGGCCUGGAUUUUCCUCUACAAAAAAUAUCCAGAUUGAUUGGUUGUCAGUGGCUCAUACCUAUAAUCCUAGCUACUUAGGAAACAGAUCUGAAGAUUAUGGUUCCUGAGCAGGAAAGUUUAUGAGACGCUUCUUUCCUAUUAGACAGCAAAAACUAGGAGUAGAAUUUGGCUCAAGUGCUAGCCUUGAGCAAAAAUGCUAAGGGAUAGUGCGAGGUCCUGAGUUCAAGCCCAGUACUAACACAGGAAAAAAAAAGCUGACAAAAUUUAAAAGUUCUCAGGAUCAGAGAUCAAAAAGGAUUCUGACUCUGGAACUCAUAUACCCUGUCUUACGUACUGUUUAUUUUAGCUCUCUACACCAAUUCUGAGGUGGCAUGGCUGUGUUAUGAUGUAUCAUAACCUUCCGUCUUUGCCUUGUGUGUCUUCACAGUGACAGCCUACGUCAUCCCUGUGGAAUUCUUGGGGCAUGUGGUACCAUCUGCCCUGGCCACAAGGUACGGCAGCACCAGCACCAUAAGCCUUCUGGCUUAUGGGUUUGCUGUUUUUGAGAUUGCUGCUUUUUAAAACUAGGAAGGGGCUGGGCUAUGGUUCAGGAGCAGAAUGCUUUUCUUGCUUGCAGAAAGCUUUUCUUGCACUGCACAAAAACACAAUAAAAACAAAAACAAGGAUGAGGUAAAUGCUUAGCUAAAUCCUCACCAUUCUAAGCCAGGUAACAAUUUGAUAUGCAGUCUUUUUAAAAGUCAAAAUAUUAACCACAGAUUUCUAUUUUUUUCCAUUUUUAAAUGUAGAAAUUAGCAUAGAAGCUUCCCAGUCAUUUGAAGGUGCUUUUGGAUUGGCUUUCAUAAUUUCAUAACAAGUUGGGGAGCACAGCUUAAAAGAGAACUUGACUGAUGAGUUGAUUUGAGUUGGGAAAGGUCCCAAGGUGGCUGGAUGAGGUGGUUUUCUACUUGCCUCUCCCUGGUCUGAGCAUCUGAUAGGAUAGGAUCGCUGAAAUCAAGAAACACCUGUUCAGGCAUCAUCUCCACAUUUAAUUAAGCUUUUAGAGGCACUCCCACUGCUGUCUACAGCUGCAGGCAGAAAUGUAAUUCUCCCCAGCCUUGUCUGGGAGGUAGAGCAGGAAAUGGUCAGGUCGCUAGCAUAUGCUCUACAUGCUGGCUCUUUGCUGGCUUCCUUCUUGUCUUACUACCAGGUCUCUUAGGCAUACUCUGCAGAGAAAGAAGGCAUGAAGUAAAACUGUUCCCUGUGGAGGGCUGGUUCCUUCAGCUCUGCGCCCCAUCUGUCAGCACCCAGACAGAAGUUUUUGUACUUGGUGCUGAGUAGCACCAAUCCCAGCUUGCUUCUGAAGUGGUCUGUGCCCCUCUGUCUGUUUCUUUCCUUACUUUGUGGGGCUUAAUCACCUCUCUAAGUUAACCAAAUGCCCAGGAAAUGAUGUUACCACUAAAAUAUGGUCCUGAUGAGCUUUGUCUGUAGCCUCUACUAUAAGAAAAUGUACUAUGUCUGAAAAGAGAGGUGAGAAAUUUUUUCCCUAGGAACUAAUAGCUGAUGGACCCAAAUGUUCAGGCUUCUGGAAACUGUUCAAUAUGGUGGUCUUAGCUAGCAUUUGGAUGUAAAUUUUUUUCUCAUGUCGUAGUGGAAAUUUUCCUUUCUAAAUCACUUUAUAACAUAAUAUGAAAUAAUAUGGCAUAUCGAAAUGCCAUGCAACAAUGUGGAUCUAUUUCUAUGUUUUGUGAACAAUGUAUUUGACUGAGGUCUGGGGCGGUGGAUAUGCCAUGGCCAGGGUCUUUAUCUAGACUCCUGGGUGUAAUCAAAAGUAUAUUUAUUCAACACUCACAUUGAGAGUGGUAACAAGUUGGCUUUUUCUAGAUUGAUGAAAUUGUGAUUCCAUCAGAAUGUUGGAUUUCAAACUGAACAUGAAGAUGUUUGUUGGUGUUGGGCCUUCCCAAAUGUUAAGAAACAAUUUCUGUAAACUAAGCUAAAUUUCCUGUACUCUCCUGACAUCCUCAUGUUUGAACGUUAAAGCUCUUCCUGAACAACACUGACCUGGUUUCAGGGUCUAAGAACUGGCAACAGGAGUGCAGUUUUGGAAGGGAGAGAGUCCAAGUGAUAGGGGAAGAGAGUCUCCUUUGCCAGAUGGUCAGGUGUAUGUCAAGCCAGACAACACUGUCCCCUGUGACUACAGUUAGAAACAUCAAAGUAGGCCUUUUCUAAGAUAGUCACUCCUAAUUUGGCUUAAUUAAAAGAAAUAUUUGAAUGUAGAGUUCUACUUUCCUGAAUGGAGUUUGUAGAAAUUGAAUCAGUAGAAACACCUGGUAGAAAAUGUCUUGAAACAAAAGUGGACAGAAGUGAAAGAUGGAGAGUAUACUAUGUGCUAAGUUACAUAGAUCCACAUUCAUUGUGUAAUUUUAAUAGUUUUUACAGUACUUGAUGUUUUGAGGGCAUUUUUUUAAUGAUCACAGUUAAUCAAACAUAGUUUGUCAUGUCUGGUUAGGUAAUCCAGCAGUUUUUAUAUAAAUUCAUGUUUUCUAUGCCUUAACAUAGUGAGAAAAGAUUUUGAUUAGGACUUGGUGAUUAAUUAGCUGACUGAAUCCAAACAAUCCAGACAUGAAAGCUCAGGUCAUUACCGACACUACAGAGUGUCUGGAGGUGGCACAUUUUUCACUCUUUAUUUGGUUUUUGGUUUUCUCUCUGUGAUAGAGAAACCACUUCUGUGUUGUGACUUGGCUGUGAGUCUGUGGAUAUGUAGAGGAUCUUGUUUAGUAUCAUUGAGUAACAGCCAUUACCUCCCCCUACCCCCCAAAAAAUAAACCCACCACAAACAGCCUCAGACAGCUACACAUUCCCCAGAAGUAGCCUGUACAGCUUAAACAGGCCCUCUCCUGAGUCUUUCCCAGGUUGCCAGCAAUGCAGUGGCCAAUGGGAAGGCCUGAGUGACUGGACCAUGAACUAGGACAUGAGCCCAUUGGAUUAUGCAUCGCCUCCAGGUCCCAUGUAGAUAAAUAGAACGCAAAAUAAUGUUGGCCUUUGGAACAAAACAUUUUCAAGUACUCAUUGUUUUCCAAACAAUAAUCCAUGGAAAUGAAGUAAAGGGAAAAUGGGGACAAAGCUUGGAAAGAAUGUAGUUUAUAACUCUCCUACUUUACUGUAAUUCUGUUCCUAAAUGCAGCUAUGUCUGGUGCGUUGGGAACAGCAUUGAGGUUUUAAAUGUCUGCAGAAUCUCUGCAUCCAAAGGGAAAUGAGAACCAAUUUCCUGGUACUAUAAUGAAAAUAAGGUCUGCUCAACAAAAUAAACUUCUGCCUCUCUUCUUUAAAA